AUGUUGAUAGGGAUUAUCAGACAGCUCGCCUGCUCAAAAUUGGCCCACGUGUUUUUGUGUAACGCAGUCGAAGUUGGAGUCGACACCCCAGAGGCAGAAGAAUAUGUGAUCAGACUUGAGCAGCUUGCCCACGAAAGCCAGAAGUAUCUCUCACUAAGCUGCGCAUUCGUGACAGACGUCUACUUGGGCAUCUACUGCCGCCUCCGAGGCAAGACGGAUGGGCACGCGCUCUCUUCCGGCCCUCCAUGCAACGAAGCGUUAAAAUCCUGUCCGAUGAGAGCAGGAGACUUCAGAAAUAUUGUUUCAAUUGCCCACAGGUCGGAAGGCGGCACCGACCCCCUUUAUAUGUGUUCUGGCCCAUGCCAGCGAAGGGUAGCCAUUCAGAAUGAACGUUCUAUCUGCCCAAUCUGUUUGGAACAAUUGUGUGCGGACUGCGUAAAGAUAGAGGAGGGUCAUGUUGAGUACUUCAUCUGCAUUCCCUCGCAAAUAGAAGAAAUUUCUGGCGGAGGCAUGCUGGUUGACGGCGAGAAAAUGGAGUUUAAGGCGUGGUUGAAUCAAUUAAAGAAGGAAUGGGUUCUCGGUGAUUGCAAGCCGGAACUGGACUCUACCGAUGGCGGCCAAAUUAGUCUCGCUGAGUAUGAAAUAGAAACACAGGCUCUACUUGCGCUUGAACAGAAUAGUCAGCCUGGUGAUACUGCAUACUCAACAUCGGUCAGAGACACAACACAUCCCACCACGAAGAAACGGAAUCCCACAAGCACACCUGCUUCCGCAAAGAAAAAGAACGCUGACCGACCUUCGUAUGACUACGCGUGGUAUCAUUCACCUCUCCAAGAGACUGCUGUGUACCGCAUGAGUGACUUUGCGGCGGCGCUGACCGCGUAUGCGGAUAUCAAGGCUGUGAACAGACGUGUUCAGUUUGAUCUUCGGAAUAUGAAGUCUAUGCUGUUAGGAGAUGGUUUGAUUGAGGACUCUGACUCUGAGGACGGAUAUGCUAGUUAA